AUGAGUGCACUGAAAGGUGAGGUGCAUCUGCGUCUCCGAUUUCUGCUUUUGCUGCAGCUGCAGCUGCUGUCCUACGUCGCCGUGGGGUCCCGCACCGGCGACAUGGCCGCGACGCUUCGGGGGAACCUCAGGGCCGUGGAGCUGGCCCUGUGUAAUUUAGUUGCUGUCGAAAGGGAUUACGUGCAGCACAUUUUCAAUGGGAAUCCGCCGCUGGAAUACAAACUGAAAUGCUUAGAGCCCAUCCCGGGAAUAACCAUCCCGGUGGGGAACAGCAGCGCCGAGGUCCGAGCCGCCAUCUGCUCCAUCAACGACUACCUGGGCCGACACCUGCCACCCAUCAUAGGGAAUCUGACCUGGCAGCACCGAGACCAGCUGAUGGGCAACGCCAGCGUCUUUCACAGCCAGUUCAAGGCUGCUGUGGAGCUGACGGCGCGCCAGCAACGUGGCAGCGAUGGAGAUGGAGGAGACGGCGGCACGCCAACGGAAUGCCGCCGACCAAUCAGGAACUCGCACGGCUACGUUUUGAAAAAACACGGCCUCCGCAUCAUCUACUACACUCGCAGAUGGGUGGAGGCUUUCACCAGUUUACAGCCCAACUGUGAUUAUCCUUCUUGAAGAACUAUCUUUAGUUUUCAUUGACUGACUUUGACGCACUAGCUGCAGAAAAUACAGCUUUAUUUUAUUUAUUUAUAUAUUACUAUAUUUAUUUUUUUCUAACA